AUGGCAAAUUUUAACAGUGCAGCAGUUGAUAUUGAUAUACUGGAGAAAGAGAUCGCCGCAAAAGAACAUGCUCAUCGAAAUCCUCCAGCUGAGCUCAGCGGGAACAUCGCAGGCAUGGGAGGUCCAUCAAGGACAUCACGCCCUAUGCAGGAAGUCAGUUUGGAUGGUGAUCUGGACACUCUUGACGAGCCAGUAUGGGACACUGUUAGCCGAGAUCUACGAACCGUUGGUAUGAAGUUUGGCCACGUAAUUUUCCCGAAAUCAGAUCGACAGCAACUUUUGAAAGAUUGGGAUCUAUGGGGGCCAUUGUUCAUAUGUGUGGGCCUUUCCCUCCUGCUACAACAUAAUUCACCAGAUGGUUCCGCUCCGCAGUUUACACAAGUGUUUGCUAUUACAUUUUUUGGCUCGGUAGUGGUCACCAUCAACACCAAAUUGUUGGGAGGGCAGAUAUCUUUCUUCCAAUCGCUGUGUGUGAUUGGAUAUUGUCUUCUACCUCCAUUUGUGGCAGCCAUCGUAUGCUCGAUUCUCCUUCAUGGCCGAUUAUUCUUUCUCCGACUAUUAAUAACAGCCGUUGGAUUCUGUUGGUCAACGUUCGCUGCCAUGGGCUUUCUGGCUGGUUGCCAACCAGAGAAGAAAAAGUUUUUAGUUGUGUACCCUAUAUUCCUUUUCUAUUUUGUUGUCAGUUGGAUGAUUAUUUCUGAUUCAUAG